GGCGGUGCGGCAGAUUUCACAUUUCGGCACUCACAGUUCGGUGGCGCUGCAACCUGCAAUACGCCGGCAGCCGAAAAGCACGCCGCCGCCUCGCCUCCCUCCCCUCCGCAACCAAAAAGAAACGCACGCGCCGCCCACUGCCUCGCGCAACCGGUGACCUUCUUCCCCUAAUCCUCGCUCGCUUCGGUGGCGCGAGCCGACCUGCUCUGCAAUGACGCGCCGACGAUCAGGACGACGAGCGGGCCGUCGCGUGGAGGCAGCCCGCCGCGAGGAGCGCUUCCCCGCCGCGCCGCCGCAUUACGGGGACGUCGAGCGCCGCCUCGUCGAGGAGGUGCUCUACCUCCACUCCCUCUGGCGCUCCGGCCCACCGACCGCCGCCCUGCACCCGGGGGGCGGAUCCUUCGCCACCCAUGUCCGCGCCGACCGGCGGAAGCGCCGCAGGCUCGAGCGCCGCGCCGAGCCCGCAGACCCCGGCCCAGAUUGGCCCCUCGCGCCCUCCCCGCCGGCCUCCGCAUCUCCCGGCCCCUGGCCCGACGCCCCCUCCUCCUCCUCCCCAACGCAGCAGCCGGAGCCUUCCCCCGCCCGGCUCGCGCAGCGCGCCGCCCUCCGCGCCGCGGAGGAGUUCUUCUCCGGGAACGCCUCCGACAGCGACGACGACGACGAGGAGGAGGGGUCCGAGUCGGAGGAUGCUGGGGAUGCGGCGGAGGGGUUCUUCGUGGGGCUGUUCGAGCGGGACGCCGAGCUCCGGGGCUACUACGAGCGCAGCUACGAGGAAGGGGAGUUCGUCUGCAUCGGCUGCGCGGGGAGGAAGGCGAGGAGGGGCAGGGUCAGGAGGUUCCGGGACUGCGUCGGCCUCGUGCAGCACGCGCGCUCCGCCACGCUCUGCGGGAGGCCGCGGGCGCACCGCGCGCUCGCCUCCGCCGUCUGCCGCGUCCUCGGCUGGGACAUCGAAAGGCUGCCCAGCAUCGUCAUCGACCCCCGCGGCACGCUCGGGCAGGCCCUGCUUGCCAGGGAGAGCGCCGCCGCUGCCGCCGCCCCAGCUCACGAGACAAAGGAGAAUGUCGAUAGUAUGGAGAAUGGCAACGAGGAUGCAGCCAAGGAGGAGGAUGGUUUGGGGAGGAAGAGCUCCUCCUCGAGUGCUAAGGAGGAGGAUGCUGAUAUCGGGGUGAAUGAUAGCCCCUUGAGGGCCGGGGCUGCAACAAAGGAGGACGCUGAUACAAUGAAGAGCGGCACUUCAAGUAAUGGCGAUGAUAGAGAGGCUCAUGAGCAAGAGAAUGUCACAGAAACGGCCGAAAAGGAUGAUACAGACCCAUUGGGCUCCAAAGACACACCUAUGGAGCUCCGUAAAUCUGUCCAGGAGGAAGAAGGUGCUAUUGAUGAUAAACAGGAGCAUGCUAUGAGUGCAGAUGAUAUGGGGGACAUUUGUAAUGUCAAGGUUGAAAACAAUACAUCGAAGGAAGAAGCUGCUACAGAGAAUAAGCAUGAGCAUACUAACAAUGUUGUUGGUACUGGAGAUGGUGAUAUUGGUAGCCCAGGACACAAUUUAAUUGACUCAACAAAGGUGUAUUCAUGCACUCAUGCCAUCUGGACAUCACGAAUGGAGAUAAUAGAUUGACAAGCCACUCUUUGAGCGCCAGUUUGUGAUACUCCACCAGUCCAUACUACCCCACCAGUCUGCAACCCUCUCAUCCAGCCACAUACUAUCCACAACCCGGCAGGGCCUACCGUGAACAUGUUGCAACACCACCACAAUGGCGAUCUCUCAUUUCUUCCGGCCAACCGAACCCUGUCACUACUGUCUCCGGCCGAGUAACCUCCACUCCCACUCUCUGCUCCCUCUCUGACCAACCAUACCGGAUCCAGCCACCCUGACCUCGUUGCAGCUGGAUCCGACCACUGACUUGUGCGCCUCCAGGACCAUCAUCUGCGGGUACUCCUACUGGUUUUGCACCUUGCAGAAUGUUGUCAGAUUAGUUGUCCUCGGCAGUGUCAAGGAUUACACGUUACCCACUAUUCACUCUGGCGUACCAUACAUCUGCAAUAUUUUUUAUGCAUUUUUUCAGGAUGGUAUACUGUUUAGUUUUUCAGACGUUGUUUAGAUAAUGAAAGUGAGCACUCUUCUGGCCUCUUUCAAAAGAUGCACAAAUUUUGGGCAGUAUUUUGGAAAUUUUUGUACUAUGUAUAAGAAGAUAUUAUACAUUACAAUAUGCAUGUCAAUUGCAGUGGCGUGCAUUUAUAUUUUGCAUUUUGGUGUAUUUUUUGGAUCAUAUGUAUUAUAAUAAAGACGUACAGAA